AUGCCGUCCGCCUAUGCGGACCAUGGCUCCAUGGCCGACAUAGCACGCGACAAAGCUCUGCAGCAUGGCUCGACCGUGGCUGGCGCGACGGCGGCUGCUGCUCCCAGGAGAAAAGAAGCUGCUCCUCCGAAAGGCGACGAACUCUCGGCACAUCGCGCAAAGACUCGUUCGUGGGAUUAUAUCUGGAGGUCCGGUGUCGCCGGUGGCCUCGCAGGAUGCGCCGCAAAAACGACAGUAGCGCCCCUUGAUCGUGUCAAGAUCCUCUUCCAGACCAGCAACCCCCAGUUCGCAAAAUACACGGGCUCCUCUUUUGGAGUCGCUACCGCAAUGAAAGACAUAUACCUCCAAGAGGGCGGCCGAGGACUUUUCAGAGGCCACUCAGCGACCUUACUUAGAAUUUUCCCCUACGCUGGCAUCAAAUUUCUCGCUUACGAGCAGAUUCGCAAUAUCUUUAUCCCAGACAAACACCACGAGACGCCAUUCCGACGGCUGAUCAGCGGCAGCCUCGCGGGCGUAACAUCUGUUUUCUUCACGUAUCCUCUAGAGGUCGUUCGAGUUCGCCUCGCCUUUGAGACGAGACGGGAUGGCCGCUCAUCAUUGACAUCAAUAUGUCGCCAAAUCUACAACGAACACCCUAUUGAGAAGUCUCGAACCGCAAAACUACCACAUUCACCUUCAAUUGCGACAGCUGUAGACUCUGCCGCCGCUGCCGUCGAAUCCGUCGCGCCGCGGGUGGGUUUGGUGAACUUUUACCGCGGUUUCGCUCCCACCAUGCUGGGCAUGCUGCCAUAUGCUGGCGUGUCUUUCCUCACCCAUGACACCAUGACAGACCUACUACGCCAUCCUUCCAUCGCCGAGCAUACAACUUUGCCGAAAAAGAAGAACCACCCUGAAGGCAAGCCUGCGGCGCUUCGAUCUUGGGCCGAACUUACCGCUGGAGGCGUUGCCGGUAUGAUUUCACAAACAAGCUCAUACCCCCUCGAAGUAGUCCGACGGCGCAUGCAAGUUGGCGGCGCUGUUGGUGAUGGUCGAAGGCUUCGCGUUGGAGAGACAGCCGCCAUGAUUCUCCGAGAGCGAGGAAUCCGAGGCUUCUUCGUCGGCCUCACAAUCGGAUACGUCAAGGUGGUGCCUCUGGCAGCGGUGAGCUUUUACACUUACGAACGCAUGAAGCUUAUUCUUGGUAUAUAA